AUGGCGGGAUUCGGCGACAAACAUCGCAGGGUCCCCAUCACAGAGAAAUUUGGCAAACAAUUGUUUCACUACAAUACACCCAGGGUUCCAGAAUAUUCUAGAGCACACCCAAUAAUCCCUAGACUGUAUGUGCCAGAAUGGAAGACUGACAUGCAAAACAGAACCAGCUUUUUGGAGAAUGCACAUCUAGGGAACAUCCCAACCUUUGAGCAUGACGAGAACCUCUUCCUGGAAAAACGAGAACAAAUGCACUACAAUGUUGAAAACUGGACAAGAGUUAGUGAGAAAAUCUAUGUGCCUCCAAGAGCCGAGCUACUACGUCCAGAUUUUCACCAUGAAACAUCCAGAUAUCAGAGUGAACUCAUGAUGAGGAGAGAUGAGAAUGCUGUUUGA